AAUUAUUUCUAAAUACUAGUUCAGUCAGAUACAAAAUUCGAAUUACAAUUAUUAUAACUUUGGCUAAAACAGAUACAAAAAUUUAUUAUGGAUGAGGAGUUAAGUGCUUUUGGCUUUACGGUCAACAUUGUGUUGACAGUCCUUGCGUCCGUUUUGGUAUAUUUGUACGCCUAUUGGCAUCAUUGGGUAAAUAAGGAAGAAAAUGAACUGACUGUUUCGAAAUUGCUGGCCACCAAGCUACCCGAUUUGCCGCCAAUCAAAUUGAACCUGGAUCAGUUGUUGGGAUUCGAUGGGACACGAAGUGAUGGCAGAAUACUGGUGGCGCUCAGGGGAAAGAUCUACGAUGUAUCCAGUGAUUUCGAGGAAUUCGGCUUAACCGGAACCCUAUCUCAUGUAGCUGGCAGGGAUUUUACGAACUAUCUCAAUUCGAUUAUGGACAUGCACAACUCGGAGAUAAACUAUGUGGAUCGUUGGGAAUCCAUACUGGAAACGAAUUAUUCGUGUGUGGGUGAAGUCAUCGAUGAGCAGGGCAAUCCUCUUAUGGGAAAAUUGGAAAAUCAUAAUGCUGAUGUAGUCGAGGAAACUGAGAAAGACAUGAUGGAACCCAUCAAAGCUAACGAAAAGUCAAUAAAGACACUUAAUGAGGUUUUAAAUGCCGAAACAUUGUCAUCGGAUAACAAAUCGGAGAAAUGUUUAGAAGAACCCAAUGCCGAAAUCCUUAUCCAUGCAGAAAUUUCCGAUUGUUAGAAAUGAAAAUUCAAAUUUUGCUAUAACAAAAUUAAAUGGAUCAAAAUUAAACAGGGACAAUCAAAAUGUAAUCAUGAUAAUCAAGCUAUCGUAGUUUUAAUAAACAUAUAAUUUGCAGUUUUAUAACAGAUUAAA